CUUCUCUCUUGAAAACAUCCCCCGCUCACUCCCCCUUCUUUUCCCCAGAUUCUUCCUCCUCCCUCACCAAUGACCCUCUUCCGUUGCGAUCCCAAUCCAUUCGUCCGAUAGCGGACCUCAACGUCAUUUGCCCGACCGCCGUCCGAUUUUUGCGACUAUACCCCAUAUAUAUACACACACCUCUCUUGAUCCUCAUUAACGCGAUAUGACUUCAACCCCCACCUCGAUAUCAAACUCCGGAGCUCCCGGCGUCCCGGAUCCUCAUGCAGCUCAGAAAAUCGACAGCACUGCACCUCGCACCCCGGUGACGAGCUCCAAACACGACUACAAAGGCUUCGUAGCCGGCGUCUUCUCCGGAAUUGCGAAGCUAAGUGUUGGCCAUCCAUUCGACACCGUUAAGGUCCGCCUACAAACGAGCAAAGAUGGCCAUUUCAGAGGUCCCUUGGAUUGUGUACUACAGACCGUGCGCAAGGAAGGUGUAACUGGAUUCUAUAAAGGAGCGACGCCGCCGCUGGUCGGAUGGAUGGUGAUGGACUCAGUCAUGCUUGGAUCCUUGACGUUAUAUCGCCGACUUCUUCUCGAGCACAUUUUUUCCAAGCCCGAGCUGCGGUCCCUGGUUCCAUUCGCUAAAAAAGACCCGGACCUGCUCACUCUUCCCAGCUUCGGCCAUGGAAUUGCCGGUAUCAUGGCCGGUACGACGGUCAGCUUCAUUGCCGCCCCCGUGGAACAUGUCAAGGCGCGCCUGCAAAUCCAAUACGCUGCGGAUAAGUCCAGUCGCAUGUACAGUGGGCCGAUUGACUGCACCCAUAAAAUUCUCCGCACGCAUGGCAUUUCCGGUCUCUAUCGGGGUCUCUGCGCUACGAUCUUCUUCCGCGCGUUCUUUUUCUUCUGGUGGGGAUCCUACGACGUCCUGACGCGAUGGAUGAAAAACUCCACCAACAUGUCGGCGCCCGCCAUCAACUUCUGGGCGGGCGGUAUCUCGGCGCAAAUUUUCUGGCUCACGUCGUACCCGUCGGACGUGGUGAAACAGCGCCUCAUGACGGACCCCAUGGGCGGUGCUCUUGGAGACGGACAGCGCAAAUUCCAGUGGUGGAAGGACGCUGCUCGGGCGGUUUAUCGCGAGCGUGGUUGGAAGGGGUACUGGCGGGGAUUUGUACCCUGCUUCCUGCGAGCGUUCCCGGCGAAUGCGAUGGCCUUGGUGGCUUUUGAGGGAGUGAUGCGUCCCAUCACGCUGCUUCUGGCGGCACUCCUGGCCUUCGGAUUCCUCUGUUUCCUGCUAUCUCCAACGCCCCCGUCAUCCGCCUCCGCCGCCUCCGUCCCCGUCGCCGACUCGUCGCAACAACUCCGCGAAGACGCCGCGCAGAAUCCUCUUUCGCCCCCCACAAAACCCUUCCUCAAGGAACAACCCGUCCGCAACGAUGGCGUCCAGGCUCCCCCUCCUGUCGUCCAUUACAACCUCAACAGCCUCACCAGCACCGACAACGCCGCCGGCAUGGGCGAACGAGUCCUCAUCCUCACCCCCCUCGCGCGCUUCUACCCCGAAUUCUGGGCCAACGUCGAGAAACUGAGCUACCCGCACGCCUUGAUCUCCAUCGGCUUCAUUGUGCCUCGCACCAAGGAAGGGAACACCGCGGUCGCGGCCCUCGAGGAGGCCAUCUCGAAGACGCAAUCCGGCCCCGUGGACUCCCGCUUCGCCAGCAUCUCCAUCCUGCGCCAGGACUUCGACCCCCCGCUGCAGUCGCAGGACGAGAAGGAGCGGCAUAAGAUGGCGAAUCAGAAAGCGCGUCGCGAGUCGAUGAGUCGCGCCCGGAAUAGUCUCGUCUUCACGACCCUCGGUCCGAGCACCUCGUGGGUCCUCUGGCUCGAUGCGGACAUCAUCGAGACUCCGCGCUCGUUGAUCCAGGAUCUCACGCGCCACGACAAGCCGGUCAUCGUGCCGAACUGCUUCCAGCGAUAUUACAACACCGACACCAAACGCAACGAUGUGCGCCCUUACGACUUCAACUCCUGGAUCGAUAGCUCGACCGCCCAGUCUCUGGCUGACGCCAUGGACCCCGAUGAGAUCCUGCUCGAGGGAUACUACGAGAUGCCGACGUAUCGGUCCCUGAUGGCCUACAUGGCCGACCAGACCAACCCCGACCCGCGACGCGAGAUCGAGCUGGACGGUGUCGGUGGCACGGCGCUCAUGGUCAAGGCCGAUGUGCAUCGUGACGGCGCCAUGUUCCCGGCCUUCCCGUUUUAUCACCUGGUCGAAACGGAGGGUUUCGCCAAAAUGGCCAAGCGUUUGGGAUACUCAGUGUUUGGGUUACCUGAUUACUUUGUAUAUCACUACAACGAGUGAUAGCCAUCAGGCCGUAAUGAUUUAAGUAAAGACAAAAAUAUUUUAUAGAGGUUGUACUUUUUGUUUGUGAUUUGCGCAUUUCUUAGGACUUAUUUGGUUUCCUUUGCGCUGUGCGCAAGGGUUCUCCUGCAUUGAUCAUUGAUGAUAGCUGUUUCUGUUACCCAUUUAUGUUUUUAUUUCGUUGAUCUCUAUCCUUCAUUCCUGUUCAUCAUAUCUCUAUAUUUUGGUCUCGCGGGUGGAGAUAUAUUUCUGGAUCGGCGUUGGGAUGAUUGAGGGUGGAUUUAUAUACCGUCAGUAGUAGAUGUAUGCCAUGCUGGC